GCGCAUCCUACGAACACAGCUGAUCACAAGAUGUGGUAAAAGGCCAAUCACAGCAGCCUUUUACCACGUGAUUAGCUGUGUCCAAUGACACAGCAGAUCACUGGUAAAUGCAGUUGCCGUGACAGUGUGAGGAAAGUACUGUCAGAGUACUUGUCAGAGGACGGAUCGGCACCGAUCAUCAGGGCACUGAUGAUCAGUGCCCUGAUGAUCAGUGCCCAGCAGUGGAAAUGCAAGUGCCGGUUCUCGGCUGCACUUUUCUCACGCUGUCAGAUCGUGAGGAAAGUACUGCCGAGAACCGGCAGU